AUGCCUCCUGAAAGUUAUCAAGUAGAGGUGCUUUAUUUUUUAAACCCUCAUUUGAUAUGGAUCGAAGUUAAAAAUUUAUCUGCUCUAAAUGAAGCUGAUGUCACAUUCGAGCAGAUCGGUCUUUACGGAGUAUUACCUGUAGAGCCUACAUUAGACGUCGUUGAAGAGAAUCUUAAGACGCAAAUAUCUGAAGAGUGGCUACCAGCGGCAUCCGCUACUAUUAAAAAAGCAUUGAUGACAGCUCAGGAAGUCUGGUUCUGUCCAACAUAUAUUGACCGAAGAUCAUCAAUAUUUGAUGAUAAUAUUCAUAAAUAUGGUGAACUAAUACUAAAGGACCAUAAUAAAAAGCUGAAACCAUUGUCAAAAUUAUUAGUAAAGUCAGGCUUUGCUGCUUAUGAUAUGUGUUCAUUUCACCAAGCAUUAGGUUCGGGUAAAAUAAACACCAAGUUGCAAAGUUCUGAAGCUCAACAUGUUAUUAAGGAGAUUGAAAAUUACUAUAAAAAGAAGAAGGUACCAAAAACAGACUGGGAGGAGUCUAUAAAAACUCAAACUUUUGUCUCACGUAUAUCUCAGAAAUUAGAAUCAGUACUAACCACAAUGAAUCUACAGAAGCACAAUGCUGAUCUCGUUUCACAACUUAUAAAAAAUAAAAGUAAAGAUUUUGACAUGUGUAAAGGUGUAGAUGAGGAAUCUGCAGGAAGAGCAUAUAAAGUAAAAGAACGAAGAUGUAAUUGUGAAACGAAAGCAAAAGAAUUAAAAGUCUCAAGAAAUGAACCUGAACCUAAAUCAACAUUGUUGAAAAGGAAGCUUGAAUUGAUAGAGUCAAAAAAGAGUAUUCAACACUUAAAAGAUAUAAAUGAUAUAAAACAAAUAGAGUUGAAUAAUUGCAAAAAUUUAGGAGAAAGGAUUAAAAGUCAAGGUGAUAUGUCCAAUAAUGUAUCAUGUGAAAGUUCUUACUGUCAACAACCUCAAGGACUUAGAGACAUGAAUAAAAGAGGAACAAGAUUAGAAAAGCUAUCUAAAAAACAAUAUGUUUCCACAUGCAAUAAGAAGAGGGUAGGGUAUGGACCACCAGGAAUAGACCGCUCCAAGUUAACAUUGAAAGAUUUUGACAGCAACAGUGUUCCAGAGCAUCCAAUAAUUCGUAAUGAAGAUGUAGAAGAAACAAAUCAUAAAGAAGAUAUUUAUGCAAAUGUGGAUUCCAAUUUAAAUGUUGAAAUUAGUAAUAAAAAUGUGUUGAAUGCGAUUCAACAGGAUAUGAAAAUUACACCAACAUUUGAAAGGAUAAGAAAAAUUUCUACAAAUAGUGUAGAUAAUGCAGUAAGUAAAUUUAAUUCAAGCAAAUUAAGUGAUGAUUCUUUUAGUGAUAAUGUAAUAACAUCACCAAGUUCUAAAAUUUUACAAAAAAAGCUAAUUUUACAUGAAAGGAUAGUUACAAAAACAUUGAACAAUUCAUUUAAUUCCUGCUCUGAUACAACAAAUAAGGAUUCAUCUUCUAGUUUGGAAGAUGUUAAAGCAAAGCAAAAGAAAAGCAAAACACAGGUUUCUAGGGAUUCAGAUGAUGAUGAAAAUAUUGACGAAAUUAUUAAAAAACUCAAUGAAGAUUAUCCAGUUGCAAAUGUAUCUAACGAUAUAAAACAUAACAACAAAGACUCAAGUAUCGUCAAGGAUUUCAUGAAAAAUUCUGUUAAUCCUUUUAAAAACAUAGACCCUAACAUAUCUUUGUUUGUUGAUAAACUUGUGACACCAGUGCUAUUGGUACAUACAAAAAUGAAUAAAAGAAUAGAGCCAGUUUAUAAUCUUAGGGAUGUAAAUUUUAACAGUCAUAUUCAUAUUGUAUUAAAAAACAUGUUAGUAGAGCGACCUAUGAAGUUGCAAACUAUUUCUUGGUUUUGUAUAUUGCGCGGGUAUAGUAUGUUUAUGAUUAGUCCUGUAGGAAGUGGCAAGACCCUAGGAUAUUUACCGGCUGUUUGUCGUUUAGUGUCUGACGCUAGCUCCGAUAAUUCCGUAAGUGUUGGCCCCACUUGUAUUAUCGUUUGUGCUACGGCAAAAUCCGUAGCUGAGGUUGAAAAGAUGGCCAAAAUGUUUUUAGAUGUUCAAGGGAAGGUUCUGUCUUGUUUUGCAGGUGUUGAUGAAUCCUACGUAACUACAUUUUUGUUGAAUGGUUGUGACCUCUUAAUAUGUACUCCAUCAUUCUUAGUGAGAUUAUUACAUGUAACAGACUUUGGCGUUGAUUUACGGCGCCUUGCCACCGUUGUGUUUGAUGAUUGUGAGAGACUUGCAGAAGUCUAUAGCAAUGAAAUAAAAUACUUUAUGUUCAGGAUCAAAGAUACUCUUAAAAAUCGUACCAAUAAAGAGUUACGAGUGCAGUAUAUUUUAGCAUCCAGGUAUUGGUGCGAUUUUAUGGAACCAAUUGUAAAAAAAGCCCCCUACUCUGUUGUUUGUAUAGGCGCCUCUCAGGAAUGUGUUCUUUACUCAAAAGCAGGCAUGUCAGUGAAUUUUGUUCAGCAAGAAAACAAAGUGAAUUCAGUCCUAGAUUUUCUUAAUCAAAUAGACAAGACUAAAAGAACUGUUAUUGUUUGCAGAACAGAUGAUGAAAUUAUGACAUUAAAAAAGGCUCUCGCCAAUCACAAAAAUGUGAUGUUCGUCUGCGAUAGUAGCAUGACUAUUCAAGAUUUGUUCAAUUUAAGGGUUGCCUGGGAUGAUUUUGAAAAUCCAUUGUUAGGUCCGAUCCUGUUAUGUUGUGAUGAUACUCUGACUCAUAUGAAUAUUAUGGAUGCUCAUUUUUUAUUGAAUUAUUCACUCCCACAAAUGUAUUCUAGUUUCUGCAAAAGGUUUUCUGUUUUGAACGACAAUUAUUCGUCUAUUUUUCUAUCUAAAGAUGAAAACGUAAAAAUAAAAAUUUUAAUUGAAGAAAACAAUUUAGAGCAGUUGCCAAAAAUGCUACAUUUUAUCAAACGUUGCACGGGUGAUGUUCCCCAGUGUUUAAAUGAAAUAUGCGAAAGAGUUUUAGUUGAAAAAGAUAACGUUAAAGCGUCAAACUUAGUACCUCUUUGUGAUAAUUUGCUAGCAAUUGGUUACUGCCCAGAUUUUUGGAACUGCCUGGCGAGGCAUACUGUAUUGAAGGAUUUUGAUCAAAGUAAGGAAUGGAUCCCAACAGCUGGGCAAAUAACAUUUAAAAUUCUGCACUAUCAUAGCGCGAUUCAUUUUUCCGCUAGAUUAUUAUCGAACAGUGUUGACGGCGCGGCACGUAAGUAUCCCCAAACAUAUAGCACUCUUUCAAUAAAAAUGGGAAUGUAUUACAGUAAAGAAUCUAACCGAAAACUCCAUGGCAUACCUAAAAUUGGCGAUAUUUGCGCUGUUUCAAUCAAACAGCACUUCUUUGCUAGAUGUCAAGUGAUAAAAAUCCUGAGUAAAUAUCAAAGGGGUAAUCCCAAUUGUGUAUUGAUAAAACUCAUUGAUGAAGAGAAAUUAGAAACUACAAAAGAUAUAUAUUUAUAUUAUUUACCUGAAGAAUUAAAAAAUAUAGAAACACACGUGAUUCAAGUAAGACUUGCAAAUAUACAGCCUAAAGACAAAGAUAUCACUUUCUCAGAUCUCGCUAGAGACCAGUUGAAAAAGAUAACUGAUAAAGAUGAAGACAUGUAUGUAAGGGGACAAGUAGUUAUGUCAAUCGGAAACUGUGUUUUUGUAGACACUCUUGAAGCUUGUCAAGACUUAUCGUCGAUAAAUAAGACUGUUGUAAAACAUGAUUUUAAACGAGAUCUCUUGGAUAAACAUGCCGUACUUAAUAUGGAGCACAUAGCAAAAAUUAAGUCACUUUGUGCAGGUAACAUUCAGAUAAAAGAAACUGCAAUCAAUAAAGUUCCUGAACCUAUCAAGCUUUUGCCACAAACUUGGUCAUAUUUUGAAAACGAGAAUAUGUCAUUGGUAUUUUUCGGUUCUGCUAUUAGCCCUGAUAAAUUUUUUGUACGUCUUGAAAAGUUUGAAUCAUGUUUGAAGUUACUGAUCAAAGAUAUUCAGAAGUAUGUCAAUGAGAUUUCUGAUUCAUUAUGUGACGUCAAAGAAGGUGAUAUAGUGUUGGCCAUGUUUCCAGAUGAUUCGACGUAUGAACGAGCACGAAUCGACGCUAUAAUUGAUAAAAAUAAAGUAACAUGUUUUUUUGUAGACCAAGGUGAUUGGAGAGAAGUGUUGAUAAAACACUUGGUUCCGAUUAAGGAAGAUUUUAUAACAAUACUACCAUUCCAAGCAAUAGAAUGUCGACUUGUUGGUGUCAGACCUGUGGGGAACGAAUGGACCGACUUCACCACAAAUUGGUUUUGCGAUAAUUGUUAUGAUCAUGAUUCUGACUGUUUAAAACAUUUAUAUGUCAAAUAUUUUACUAAAGAGAAAGCGGAAUUCACAGAAGGUAAUAAGUAUGGCAUUGUAUUGAUAGACACAAACAGCGAACAAGAUGUUAUAAUAAAUCAACUUUUGAUUGACCGUAAUUUGGCGCAGGAAAAUGAAGCCGAAAUAAACUAUCUUAAUGAAUUUCAAGUUAACAACUUGAAUGUUGUGGAAAAUAAAUUAAAUAAAGAUGAAAGCUUUGAAGAAGACGAAGAGACUUGCGAAAAGCAUGCUGUUAUUGAGUCAAAUGAAAUAUCGCCAAUACGAACUCUUUUUCAACAACCAAUAAGAUCUGUACCUUUGGUGGGCUCUGACUCCGAAGACUCGGAAUGUUCAGAACGCUGGAAUAUAAAUAUGGUUGAUGAGUUUUUGAAAAUGUUAAAACCGGUGGUUAAAAAUAGUGGCAAACCUAAAUUGGAUGCGAACUUACCUGCAGUUACUGCAAAUGAAAUACAGACUAAUCAGAAGUAUACAAUUGGAGGAAGACAAGCUAUCACUUAUUCAGAAGUAAAACAAUCGCAAAAUGUAACAAAAGAAUUGGAUUCCGACGACUGUACAUCACCAGAAACUUCAGAGUCCAUGUGUACUUCAGAAAAGCCUUUAAUCAAAUCUUUGUCGGGUAUAAACCAAACGCGUAAGCCAAAACUUGUUUGGAGGCAAAAUAAAAAUGUCACCUUUAUAAAAAUUAAUCUCAUCGGCUUAGAAACGUAUUAUCUAAAAAUUCAAGGAAGAUCAAUAAGUUUCACUGCUAUAUUAAAUGAUGUAGACUAUGCUUUCGACUUUGAAUUAUAUGGUGCAGUUGAUGUUAAGAAAUCUAUUCAUGUCAAUAAAGGUCAAUAUGUUCUUGUUAAGUUGUAUAAAAUAUUAAACAAGAACUGGCUGACGCUAACCAAAGAUGGUGAAAUUAGAAAGUGGAUUGUUUAUGAUGUAGAAUCUAUUGACGCUUCUUCUGAUGAGGAUGUGGUUGAAGAAAAUACAAUGUUAAAUGUAAUGAAGAAUAUUUGUAACCAAGACGAUUCAGAAAGUGAGGAGGAGGAUUUCAUGGAUGAUGUUAAUUACAGAUAUAAAAGUGAUAACGUGAUAUCUCUGGAUUAA